AUGACACAGUCUCCGACUUCGCUCGUCUCCACGGGCCCUGUCCUCACCGACUGCCGCUACACCAGGAACGAGAAUGAAGAAAAAAUUCUCGAAGAUAUCAUGAGCAGGGCGCCGGUCCCUGCCUUCGAAAGACAACUGACCUCCCCGUGCAUCGUGCGGUGCAUCGCCUGCCUGGGUCGUCUGUUCCCUGUUUUUCCCAGGUUUCCCAACGUCGUGCUCAUGAAGCAGACCGCUCAGCUGCGCGCGAUGAUGACUAUCAUCAGAGACAAAGAGACCCCGAAGGAAGAGUUCGUAUUCUACGCCGACCGUCUGAUCCGUUUGCUCAUCGAGGAAGCCUUGAACGAGCUGCCUUUUGAGAAGAAAGAGAUCUUCACUCCUCUCGGCGCGAAAUAUCAGGGCGUCUCGUUUUCUUCCAAGAUCUGCGGCGUGUCGAUCGUCCGCGCGGGUGAGUCGAUGGAGAGUAGCUUGCGGGCGGUAUGCCGCGGCUGCCGCAUCGGCAAAAUCUUGAUCCAGAGGAACGAAGACAACGCCUUGCCCGAGCUCUUCUACGAGAAGCUCCCCGCGGACAUCAGCGACCGCUGGGUGAUGCUGCUGGAUCCCAUGUGCGCGACAGCCGGCACCGCCUGCAAAGCGAUCGACGUUCUCCUGAAGCACGGCGUCAAGGAGGAGCGAAUCAUUUUUGUCAACAUCUUGGCUGCACCGCAGGGCAUUGAGCGCAUCUUCAACGAGCACCCGCACGUCUGCAUGGUCACUGCUGCGGUCGACACGUCCCUGAACCAGAAGCACUACAUUGUACCAGGCAUCGGCGACUUCGGCGACCGCUACUUCGGGACUAUCUGA